GCUGCAGAAGAGCUUCCUUGGUCUCCUUUAACAAGCCCCAGCUUGGCACUGGUUUUCCCUCAUCACCGGUGGGACCUGCACCUUCUUGUCAUCUGCCCUGGCCUUCGGGCAGGGCCCAGCCUCGGCUCACUCACCAAGAGUAAUCUUUGGGUCACUGGUCACCAUCCUUUCUCUCUCUAGCUUCUGAUCUGACCAGGGCUCAGAUGGCCAUCCCAGAGGCCCCCAAGAAGGUUUCUCUCUCCCAGGGCAUCCGCAUGAUGUUCUAUGCCAUGAAGCCCAAUGAGACCUCCUUCCAAAGCCUGGAAGAGGUGCCUGACUAUGUGAAACAGGCAACCCCAUUUUUCAUUUCCCUGCUACUGCUUGAGCUGGUCCUCAGCUGGAUCCUCAAAGGGAAGCCAGCAGGACGAGUGGAUGAUGCUUUAACCUCCAUCUCGGCCGGUGUCUUAUCUCGACUACCCAGACUCUUUUUCCGGAGUAUUGAGCUGUCUGCUUAUAUUUAUGUCUGGGAGAAUUAUAGACUCUUCGAACUGCCUUGGGAUUCUCUAUGGACAUGGUAUUUGACCUUCUUGGGAGUUGACCUUGGCUACUAUUGGUUUCACCGCAUGGCUCAUGAGGUCAACAUCAUGUGGGCAGCACACCAGACACAUCACAGCUCUGAAGAUUACAACUUAUCCACUGCAUUGAGACAAUCUGUCUUCCAAAUUUAUACAUCCUGGAUCUUUUACUGUCCCCUGGCACUCAUCAUCCCUCCUCCGAUGUAUGCUGUCCAUCUCGAGCUCAAUCUUCUCUACCAGUUUUGGAUACACACUGAGAUCAUUGAAAACCUUGGACCUUUGGAACUUAUUCUCAACACUCCAAGCCAUCAUCGAGUUCACCACGGCAGAAACCCAUAUUGUAUAGACAAAAAUUUUGCUGGAACCCUUAUUAUUUGGGAUAGAAUUUUUGGUACAUUUGAAGCAGAAAAUGAAAAGGUUUCAUAUGGUCUCACCCAUCCCAUUAACACUUUUGAACCAAUCAAAGUACAGUUUCAUCACUUGCAUUAUAUUUGGGCCACAUUUUGGACCACACCUGGCUUCUGGAACAAGUUGUCUGUCCUAUUCAAAGGACCAGGAUGGAGUCCUGGAAAACCUAGGCUUGGUCUUCUUGAGGAAAUCCCCAAGGUCACAGGAAAGGAAGUCCUUUAUGCUACCCGGGUAUCUGGUUCUCUCCAGCUGUAUGCCCUUGUGCAAUUUGCUCUGAUGCUUGGCUUUUAUGAGGACACAUUAGCUGACAAAGGCGCAUUAUCACAGGCUACUCUCUUCCUGAGAACGGGCUACAUCAUUCUGACACUGACCUCCAUUGGAUUCCUUAUGGAUCAAAGGCCUCAAGCACCCAUUGUGGAAACCAUCCGGUGCUCAAUGUUUCUAAUACUGCAUAAGUUGAAUUAUUUGAAGCCCUUCAUUCCUUCACUGACAUAUGCUUUGGAGAUUUUAUUUUCUAUCUGCACCACCUACUGGGGAAUAAGAAGCAUGAGACAACUUGCCUCAGGCCAUCCAAAGCAGAGCUGAGAGAUAUCUAAGACCUUCUAUAUCAACCAGAAAGCGGGCAGCAAUGAAGGGCUGAUUAUAACCCAGUAGCAGAUGCCAACGAUUCUACGCAGAAACAAUUCAGUACUUAAACCUUGGAUAUACUCUUUAUAUCCAAGGGUUUGGAAGGUUUACUCCAAUGGUCAUUAACUUUGACUUAGUGUUUUGAUUAAUUAUUGUCGAUUACUAUUAGAAUCUGAUGUAAUUCUUUUCCUAUCAACUUUGAAUUCAAUACUAUGACCCAAUCCUUUUAAAUAUAUCUUUUGUUAUCACUUUUCAAUUAGGCUAAUGAUAGGAGUGCGACUAUUUAUAUACAAAUUUCAGAUUUUACUUGUGAUGUCUUAUUAAUAUAUGCUGCUUUUCCUUUGGAAUUUAUGGGUCCCACUUAUCUGGGACCACAAACAUGGAAUUACAAGAAGAACUGAAUAAUUAACAUAAGGAACAUUUUCCUCUUACAAGCACAUGACGUGCUUCCUUUGAAAGAACCAUGAUUGACUUGGAAAUCAGAGCAGCAUCAGUUUGAGCUACCAGAGAGCUGAAAGGGCCUCUAGUUGAACUCUGUCAUUAUUGGAUCAGUCUUUGGUGUUUAAUUGAAAUUGAAUCAAUACCUGCUUAUCUGCUUGCUUGAAGAAAGCAAACCCAGAGAUGAAGGGAUUUUCCAAGAUUAUCUCUAUAAUGAUAAGAAAGGCAGGAUUUGAAACCAGAUUUCCUGAUUUUCAAUUUACUAUUCCUUCCUCUGUACCAAGCUGCCUGAAUACAAACACUGAGAAGCAUGGUAUAAUCAAGCAGCAAGAUCAUAAUAAUGCUAUUGACAAUCAGCAACAUCAUUUAUGUAGGACUUAAAACUUUGCAAGGAUACACACAGACUAUAUCUCUAUCUCUAUCUAUCUCUAUCUCUAUCUCUAUCAAUUUACAUCUAUAUCUAUAUUAUCUAUCUAUUUAUAUCAAUACACAUCUAUACCCAUAUUAUCUAUAUCUAUCUAUCUAUCACAUCAGUAUUCCAGACAGCACAUAAGACUGAAGUGACUCAUAACAUUCUGAUUCACAAACAUAACUAGAAGAUAUUUCCAAAAGAGAAAUUCCUUAUGUCGAUGUAAUUUAAGAUCUGAGACAACUGGAACAGGUAAAAACAUAAGGAAGCAUUUAAACAAACGAAUGAAUAAAUGAGUAAAUGAUGUAUUAAUGAGUGAAUAAAAAUACAAUGAAAAGAUGGACAAAUAAAGCAACCAAUAAGCAAGCAAACAAAUAAAUGAAUGUUAGAACAGAAUCAUUAGUGACUUUCCCAAAUGAAUAUGGGCAGCCUGUUGGAUUUCACUACUGAUGAGCUUUCUGGUGGUUCCAUGUUGUUAUAAUUUGUGGAAAUAAAGGUAAAUGGCACAGUAUGCAUACUCCAAGUAUUUGUGUCCAACUCAAUGGUGGACAGGAACUGAGAAGGUGAUUUUAAGAGGAAGACUGAUGGAAACACAGACAUUGGGUCUUUUCUUCUUUAUUUUUUCCAUUUUUUUUUUCUGUUUCUUCAGAAAGCAUUGAGGAUAGUUUCAUUUAUUGAUAAAUUCAGCCUGAGGGAUGCUUUCAUUGAAAGUACUUUCCUUAACUAUAUUCCAUAAUUAUCAUAGUUUUUCAUGACACAGACCAAACUUCUGCUUCCACAGUCUCUGCUUAUGGCUCGUGCCCCUUUCCCUAAUUACAGCCAGAAAAAUAGAAGGAAACUAGGAAAGAGCUAGAGUUGCAGGUAGAUUUUUAGAAUAGGCAUCAUCUCCAGGCCUGGAAAGCUUUUAUUUUUCAAACUGGAAUAGCAGGGGAAGAUGAAAUUUUGCAUUAUGGAAAAAGUAAUAAAUUCUAUCUCCAGCAUCAUAA